AUGACCAGCGCAUGGUUCGGUGUUCAGGUGAUAUCUGUCAUUGCGUUAGCUUCGGUGGACCUCUGCGAUGGGCACUUCUCCGCAGCACAGACGUGGACGACGUUGCAGCUUCUUCACAUGGCCAAAAGCUUUGCAUCGCCGCCUGUCUCCUGGAAGUAUGGAACAGAUCACUGUCAUGGAUGGCUGGGCGUCAGGUGCAGCAACAGCAGCAGCAACUCGGGGGCAGUCGUGGAGCUCAACCUCUCCAGUGAUGAGUUUCAAGGCCAGGUCUCGGAUCUUGUCUGCGGUCUCAGAGAUCUGCGAGUUCUGAACUUGGAAUCCCCUGCUUUGGAGGGAUGCAUUCCGGACUGUGUCUGGAAUCUCAGAGAGCUGCGCUCGAUCAGCACAGGCGAAUAUAGCCGUCUUCGAGUUAGAGCAGGUGAUUUGCCUGCGUCCACGGCAGCCUUCGAAAUCACGCAUCUGCAGCUUCCUGGCGUGGGACUGAGCGCUUUGCCCCCAUGGAUAUCAGCUCUAAGCAAGCUGCAGGUCCUGGACCUCUCUCGAAAUAACUUGGUAUCUGUUCCCAUUGAGAUAGGCCAGCUGGGCGAACUGAAAGAGCUCUUUCUCCAAUUCAAUCAGAUUCUGAUGAUUCCCUUCUCGAUAUCCAACUUGACCAAAUUGAGGACGAUCAGUCUUUUUGGGAACAACAUGCAGGCCAUCGCUUCCAGCUUCAACGAUAUGCCACAUCUGAAAACCCUGGACCUCGGAGAGAAUCAGAUUGUGACCAUAACGAGGUCGUUUAACGAUCUGCCCAGUCUGCGAUCACUUUAUUUCGAUGCAACAAAUUCCGGUCAGAUCCACGCCAUUUCCUCCUCCUUCAAUCAUUUGCCGACUCUGCAGAGUGUAGAUCUUAGUGAGAACGACCUCCAUGUCGUUCAUUAUGCCUUCAACAACAUGUCGGGUCUGAAAGAUCUUUACCUCGAUCGCAAUCGCCUUAGUGCUAAUGCAGACUUCUCCAGCUCGUUCAGAUUUUUGCCGAGUUUGCAGCUGCUCAAUCUGAGUGACAAUGGCUUAGAUGCUGUUCCCGAGUGCGUUUGCGAGUUUACAUCUCUCUUGAGACUCGACCUCAGCUCCAAUGAGAUCAGUAGUAUCCCCACAUGCCUGGGCCGCUUGUCGUCUUUGACACAUCUGGAUUUCAGCCACAAUAUGAUCACGGAUGAAUAUAUCGGACCGUCUUUGGGAGAUGUUUCGAGGCUGGAAGUUUUGAAGCUUGCUGGCAACAAGAUCAAAAACGUUCCUGCAUUUGUCGGAGAUUUUUUUUGCUUACGGACCUUAGUUCUGAGUCAGAACAUGAUACAGGACGUCUUCGUGGAUCCGGUCGAGGCUCCUCCGAAUCUGGAGAGUCUGGACCUCUCUGGUAACCUUCUUCAGGCCAUUCCAGAUGGUUUGAGAUUCCUGCAGCGCUUGGCGACUCUGAAGAUGAGCAACAAUCGGAUUCGAGAUGUUUCCAACGUCCUGGACAAUGUCACCACGUUGCAAUUGGUGGAUUUGAGCUUCAACAACCUGAGUGGUUGGCUACGGGAUGAUAUCAAAUGGCUCUCGAGAUUAGAGUCCUUGAAUCUUGCCCACAAUCAGCUGAAAGGGCCGAUUCCGUCCUCGCUGUUCGAUCUGCGUACUGGUCAUCUUAAUUGCACGAGUCGCAACUGCAACCAACUUGAUCUCGAUCUCUCGACAAAUUUCUUCACAGAUUUCGUCCCAAAGUGGCUGUGCUCGGAUGACCAACCUAUUUUCACAGUUUCGCUAGACCUGUCCUCUAAUAAUCUGCAAGGCUCUGUAAAACCUUUACUGGAGAGCUAUUGUGUCGACUAUCAAACCGUCAGUCUAUCCCACAACAAUCUGUCAGGAGGUAUUCCAUCUCAUGGAUUUGUCAAUAGUCACCUCUACGUACUGGAUUUGUCUUUCAAUCAGCUCAAUGGCACCAUACCCACAACGCUGGGUAAUAUCUCAAAUCUCUCCUGUGUCAAGUUGAGCAGCAAUCAGCUGCUGGGAUCUUUAUCUGGAACAUUCCUGGAGGCGAACAUUUCAGAUUAUUUCUCAACUUCACCCGAACUUAAGAAUCUGAUUGAGCUCGAUCUCAGCGACAAUCUCCUCUCCGGGCCAAUACCAGACAAUCUGAUCGUCGUCAAAAAUACUUCUCGACGGCUGGACCCAGGAUACGAGGCUCCCAUGCUUAUGUAUUUAAAUGUUUCGCACAACAUGCUCAACGGCUGCAUACCUGACGGUCUUCACAUGCUUUCGAAUCUCGUGUCUCUGGAUCUUUCUCAUAACAAUCUAUCGGGUGAUAUCCAACAUCUUCAAUCCGUGGGACUAGUAGAUGUGUCCGACAACCAUCCCACUGAGGGAGCAGAGGAUUGCCUGCAUGACCCAGAAGGCUUCAGCAAAUAUCGCAGCUCACAGCAGCGACCUAGGCAAGUUUGGAUGGUCGGCGCUGUUGUAGUGGUCUUCGGGUAUGUGCUCCUGGUGUUUAUAACGUGGAGACUUUACUGGAUGAGUCAUCUUUACCGAGUGUCAUGCCGAAUUUAUUUGUGGGGCUCGAGAGUGUGUGGCUUAUGA